GUAGAUUUCUAUUUCGUGCUUGCAUGAAUGUUUCUGCAAAUCGAUCCAGGACAAAUGUUCUUGUUGUAAUGAAUUGUUUGACAGUGUGUGACGACGAUGCUUCUUCUGUGUAUGUCGGUCCAUUGGUUCUUGUACACUCGGCAAUGGGCGCAGUACGUCGUGAAAAAUAUCUACUAAGAUGAAGGGAACAUGAAUUUCAGCUGAGAAUUCUUCUGCUCCAAAAUGUUGUAAAAUAAGAAGGGAAGACAGCAACACCGCUAGCAAGAGCUGCGACCCCUAUUCCAAGACUGUAUGUUACACGCGCGCGCACCGAGAGAAAGAGGAACAUCAGCACGGUCACAUGACGGCGGCAACCAUCGAGCUUCUAAAACUAUCAAAACCACCCACGACAACUCCGACUCGUAUCCGAAGCGCAAUGUCUUUUGUAAGCCACGGGCCAACGAAAUAGUCCUGGGGAUUCCGUGAUAACUUCGCCACAUGGUCCAGUGCCGGAGUCAUCUGAAAGCCGGCACGAACGUACACUGGCACCUAUAAAAGCUCGCUUGCUCGAUCACCUGUUGUACGAGAGAAUCUACGUCUAUCGCCUUAAACUUAACUACCCAAGUGGAGUCAGAUCAACGUCGACCACCAUGUCGCAUUAUCAUUCUGGUGGGGGUUACGGCCGCUACGGUGGUGGUUACGGCGGUGGACAAAGCAAUCAGUUCGAUGAUAGACUGCAAGUCACGCUGCCGAACCCGAGUGAUCCUUUCAUAAAAAACUCCGUCUGUGCUCCAAUAGCUCCUUCGUGUCUCCUCGGACAUCCACACGUCUCUAUCGCAGCAAGGAGAUACAACUUCAUGUUUGGUACUUUCCAAUUUCUCCAAUUCUGGCUGUUCCGGAAUCUUGCGUAUUCAUUGUCAUUGACCACAUUGACAUGUAUAAUAAUGAACGAAGAUGAUCAUGGCCUUUGUUGCAGUGCAGAGCCAGAUGAAAUAUAUUCAGAUUGAAUUUGCUUACUUCUACCCCUGCCAUAGCCAUUGUAUAUUGAUUUUUUCCCUUCAAUUAUCAUACCAUUCAUUGCGACCACGGACUACAUCAACCCACACAACGCCGUACCUACCAGAGCACGUCCUCGGAGCGCACGAGAUGUGGCGGGCUGAAGGAAACGCAAUAUCUGGCGAGAGAUAUGUCCGUGAUUUCAGGCACGUGAUAAAGGGAGCUGUGAGGAAGAAAGUUCGAAAUAUCGAUUGGAACGGAGACGGAGAUAGACUCCUAUACUGUUUCGACAACGGGUCAAUAAAAGUGUACGACAGCGAGAGGCUCGACUGCGUCAACACCUACGAAAAGACAUCCAGCUCGUCGUCCUAUCUGAGCAAAGACGCAGGUAGUCCUACUGGUUCCGAUAACAGAGUUUGGAAUCUCAUGAGCAAUACCAGUAAGCUAAUUGAAAUUUGUGCACUGACAACUUUAUUGGGCUCUUCAGUACUUUGCUGCCCCAAUCCGUUCCGGUGUAAAAAUAAACUGGAGAGCAUUGUAGACGUUUCCGGUUCGAGAUGUUGUGAUACCUCAAACUUUCAUCAUACUGCUAUUUUCCUUUCCCCACGCCCACGGCCACAUCUUCAUUUAUCAACCAUUCAUUAAUGACCACAGGGGCAACAAGCAUCAACACGACUUCUACAACCACAACAGCUACCCGUGGCGGUGGUAUUCAGUAUGACUUUUCGUCGGCGUGCUUUGACCCGGUGCACAAUACUAUCGCGUGUAUUUCAGACAAAGGACGCUUUAUGAUGUUUGAUACCAGAAGAAGCUCACGCGACCCGUCUCUUCACGACGCGGAUCUGACAAAAACGAGCCCGAACAUGGUGGAUUUCAUUAACAUUCAAGCUUCCCCAAAAGGCAGCGAAUUUGCCAUGCAUACGUCACAGGAGAGGGUACUUCUCAUCGUUAUGAGUCCUAUGUAAAGUUAGAGAAGUGGUGGUGGUCGACGUCGAGAGUUCUUGUAGUCUUAGUUUUAGUAGUAGUGCAGAUCUCUGUCUCUCAGUAAAUCCACUUCCCAAGAACCGCGCACCAACAGACAAAAAAAACCUCAACAGACAUUCGUGAUGUCACGGGACAACCCUGGCAGCGGCAAGGCUUCUUUGAAGUUGCCACACACUUUGGAUCCACAUAAACCACAUUAUCCCGGCGCAGAGACGUCACCAGUGAAUUGCUACAGCUACGCAACAAAUGGCACGAUCCUUACAGGCCACAAUAACGGCACCCUGCAAGCUUUUAAGGUACUUUUGAAACCUCAUGUAUGUUGCGACGAUUGGUAGAAGUAGUACUACUAGUACUUUUCGUUUUUUACUAGUUUGAACAGACAAGAAGUGCAUGAAGUAGUUGAAAUUCGGCAUCGUCCUCCACCUUCAUCCAAAUGUUCAGGCUGGUUCCAGCGCUAGUGUGCCUUCUAGUGCUCGAUUCCGCACCUGGACAGCGCAUAGGGGUGGCAUCAGUUCCAUCGGCGUGUCCAAAGACCUAAUUGUUACGGCGGGUUUUGACAACGCUGUGCGUGUAUGGAACGCAGCCAAUCCGGCUUUCUGCGAGAACUGCAUUCUCCAAGGUGUGCAGGUAGUCAGCUCACUCAGUCUGAACCACGACGCAAACGUACUCGCGCUCGGAUACGGACCAGUCCUGUACAAGUCCGGAGCGGACAGACUGAAACAAAAUCACUGGUCGCUGUGCGGCGGCAACCACGCCAACACAGGUGCAUCUUUCUCUUCCCGCGACCCGAAUGGCCCGAAUGGUAUGUAUGAUAAGCAGAUAUGUUUCGUAAAUCCACGCAAUGGGGACAUGUAUUUGGGCGAAACCAGUGGUGUGGAGCCUCUUAGCCUACCUGGUUCGGCCACCUGCCUCAAAUUUCACCCUCGCAAGAACGUGCUGGCGUUCUCACUCAACGAAAGUCAGUUCACCGACACCUUACCAGAAGAUGGCACCACGAGCAACCGAUACGGAAGCGCACCCUCACGAGCACAAGCCAGUCUGAAAAAUUCCAUGGCGCAAGUCUUCCGACUUCCAGAGCUGAAGGAAAUAGACCCCGCUGAAGAAGCUGGAUGGUAAGGACGUGUCGCAGCGCAGGAACCGAGGAGAGUGCGUAAAAUCACUACACGGACGAGAGGAACCGAGGAUCAUGAUCAUAUGUUGCGUGCAAUCGGCUGCGUACAUCCGAAGUUCUUGAGUAGAGCUCAAAGAAAGUUCAAGAUACAUACUUACACAUUCAUGAGCAGUAAGAACAACACAAGUAGAAGCAAUUUUUUAGCCGACACGCUUUCGCUUACCCGCCGCCCGCAAAGCUCUAGCCAUUGACCCUGUUGUAGUUUGAUCCUCCUCGAUUCUGAUAUUGUGCAGUUCUUUCCAAUUGUGCAGGUCUUUCCAAGAAGAGGAAGUAAGAGCGCAAGCAACAUUCAUCACGAUUGAUGCACAGGUCAGAUGAAUGUAGACCUGGGAAUCGAGCGCAAAAAAGACACAUGAAAGGCCACCUGUUC